CUUUACAGGCUGCCCAGUGAGGCUGUGGAUUCUCCUUCUCUGAAGAUAUUGCAGACCCGCCUGGAUGCUGAGCUGUGCAUACUGCUGUAGGGAGCCUGCUUUGCAGGGGCAUUGGACUCAAUAACUUUAGAGGUCCCUUCCAAACCCUACUUCUAAUUCUGUGACUCUGAUUCUGAGAUGCUUCUUAUACUUCUGUAUUCUUUGUGCCUUUAGUCCUGUGACUGUUGGGCCAAAUUAUAAUUCAUUAUCUCUUCUCCUCGUAUUUCUUUCACAAGAUGCUAGUACAAACCAGCACUGCCCUAAAUCUUUAAUCUCUCCUACCACAUGAUUUCUGAUUACGCCUCUGUCUCUGCUUUCUGCCUUAACUGCUAAGCUGGUGCAGUUCACUGAGAGGAGUGAAGAUCAAGAUAGUAAAUACAGGCAGGUGUUUCACAAGGCAGAUAUAUAUGUAGCUUUGUAAAUGGUUGUUUCAGAACAGAUACGGCAGUCCCAGAGGAUGCCAGUUUCAGCCCCAGGCACAGACAGAUGGCAGAGAGCCUCAGCAGCAUUUUUUCUCGGUUUUCUCUCUUUAGUUUUCUCUCUUACAGCAUUCAGUAGCAAUUACUGGUGUGAAGGGACAAGAAAAGUUGCCAAACCUUUCUGCAUAGGACAGGCCAAAGGGGAUAACUGCAUCCGCUUUAAUAGCCCUGAUGCCAACAACAGCAAUGCUGUGCAAUAUAUCUGGGAGAUGGGAGACGACAAGUUUGUUGACCGAAAGUUUCAUGCUGGGAUUUGGUAUUCAUGUGAAGAAAUUAUAAAUGGGGAAGGUGAGAAAUGUAGAAGUUUUAUCAGUUUGACUCCAGCUUCUGAUCGAGGAGUUUUAUGGCUGUCUAUUGUAGCAGAGCUACUCUAUAACAUUUUGCUUCUGACUGGAGUUGUUCUCAUGGCAGUAGAAAUGUGCUACUACAGUACUGUCAUUGAUGGACUAAAGAUCAACGCCUUUUCUGCAGUAGUCAUCGUGCUAGCAGGUCUUCUGGGCAUGGUUGCUCACAUGAUGUACACAACUGUAUUUCAAAUGACUGUAAAUCUUGGUCCUGAAGACUGGAGACCUCACACAUGGGAUUAUGGCUGGUCCUAUUGCCUCGCUUGGGCUUCCUUCGCUUGCUGUAUGGCUGCAGCUGUCACCACUAUUAACAAAUAUACAAAAACUAUUUUGGAAUUCAAGCACAAAAGAAAAAUGCUGGAAAGGAGUUUAAAGAUUAAAUACAAGUUUCCUGAUCACGCAGCUCCAGAGAAAGCUUGCAAUGUGUAUGUGAACUCUUUUCACAACACUACAGAGGACUGUGCACAUCCAGUAAAAGAUUUAUGUCACAUGGGCACUAUUUCAGUUCUAUAA